AUGAAAGACUUAAGGGAAUCUAAGAAGAUCCUAGGUAUAGACAUCAUUAGAGAUAGGGACCAAUCUACACUGAGCAUAAACCAAACAUCCUACUGUGAAAAAGUGAUAAGAAGAUUCAACCUCACUAAUGCUAGACCAGUUACUCUCCCUAUUGCUCAUCAUUUUAAGCUAUCAGCUGUCAAUUCCCCUAGUGAAACUGAUAUAGAACACAAGCUACAAAUGAAAAAUGUUCCUUACAGUCAAGCAGUGGGAAGUUUAAUGUACCUAAUGAUCUCUACAAGACCUGAUCUAUCCUAUUCAGCAAGCCUAGUCAGCAAAUAUAUGGCUAAUUCUGGAAGAAGACACUGGGAAGCUACUAAAUGGAUAAUCAGAUACUUAAUUUGGUCAAAGAAUGCUAGAUUGAACUACCAAAGGACCACUGAAAUAGAACUAGAACUAAUAGGAUAUGUAGACUCAGACUUUGCUGGUGACAGUGAUAAAAGGAGAAGCCUAACCGGUUACGUUUUUCUCUACGGUCGUAAUCUAAUAAGUUGGAAAGCAAUCCUACAAUCCAUUGUUGCUCUCUCAACUACCGAAGCAGAAUAUAUUGCACUAUCAGAAGGUGUAAAAGAGAGAUUAUGGCUUAAAGGAUUGAUGAGGGACUUUGGAAUCAAAUAG